CCUUGAUAAGGACUACGGUUUUCACAUACUUUAUUAAUUUCGCUUGUUUUAUUUUAGUUUAGCUGUGGUUAAGUUAGCUAUGUUGUUGGAUAAGCGUUUAAUUUGUCCUGUACGGAUAAAAAAUACCGAUGGAGCGAGCCAGAUUUCGAUAAAGUAAAACAUUUUUGUUACAUUUUAUUCUAUCACGAAAGUAAACCAAACUUUUUUGAACCUUUCACCUGUUUGCUUUCACACCACCGUGCGUUAGUUUGUUUAAAAUGGCAACAUUAAAUGCUCCGGUGUCUCACCAUACGUAUCAAAGUUCACGUGAGAAGAUGUCAUUGGAAUUCAAAACAAAAGUGAUGGCACCCCGAAAUCCCAAGCUUGUUAAAAGGGAGGCAAACAAUGUAAAGCUGGUUCCAUCUGUAUUUGCUCAAGUAAUGUCCCAGACUACAGAAGAGAGAUUAGCAAACACUUUUGAGAUGUAUCCGCCCCGCAUUUUGGAGGUCUUUGACAUGACUGAGACUACAUAUCACAAGUUUUCUUCAUUAGAUUUGGAUCAGGCCGUGUUCCAGCCAUACCCGUCUGAGAUUGUGUUUCAGAACUAUACACCAUUUGAGACAUACAAGGUGCCUUUAGAGCUGCGAAACAGUGACAAGGUUCCACGACUGGUAAAGGUCAUUGAAGAAGACUCACUUUAUUUUAAAGUUCUCCACCCACUAGAUGUUAGUAAGAAAGUGGCCCCUGGCAUGGCAUCUACAUUCACCAUCUUAUUCACUCCACAAGAGAGCAAGGAUUACAUCCACAGACUCAUCUGCGUAACUGAACGUGAAAGGUUUGAGGUGCCAAUUCGAGCAAUUGGACCUCGUGCCAUUUUGGAUUUCCCGGAUAGUCUGCACUUCCCAAUCUGUCCGGUAAAGUGCUUGUCCCAGAAAACGUUGUUUGUGCGGAAUAUAGGAACAUGUGAGGCUAAAUUUCAACUUCGCACAUGCAGCUCAUUUUCUGUUGAGCCUUCAGUCGGCACACUUGAUGUGGGUCAAAGCAUGCAAGUUACUGUUCAGUUCUUGCCUAAAACCACAGGGGACCACAGCCAGGAUUUGCUGCUGCACUACCAUUCAGGAGAGGACAUCCAAAUCAGCCUAUAUGGAGAGUCAACGGAUAUAAAUGUAGGAUUGGACCGAAACUCUGUUGUAGUGGAGAACACCUACAUUACCUUGGCUAACUACCAGACAGUGGCAAUAAUAAACAAGAGUGAUUCCAUUGUGCAUUACCAGUGGAAGAACUUUGCCACGGAGGAUGAGGAAGAACAAGACAAAUUAAGGCUUUCUUCAGAGCUUAACCCAAAAAAGUACAAUGAGAUGGAACAGUUUCUGACAGAAUGCGCUGAUCCCUCUCUGCAGGCUUGUCUUUCGCUCUUUUCUCAGAGCCUCCAGGAGCGUUUGGUGCAGACCCAGCAGCAGCUUUCGGCUUUAGAUGGCCAGCACAUCGUCAUGAGGCCCCUGGAAGGAGAAAUCUGGCCCAACACCACUGCAGAGGUGACCAUCAUCUUCAGACCCCAGGAAGCCAAAAUCUACCAGCAGACUAUAUACUGUGAAAUCACUGGUCGGGAAUCUCGGCUGCCACUCCUUAUACAGGGAGAGGGUAUAGGUCCAAAACUGCAGUUCAGCUUUAACUUGCUAGACAUGGGAAACAUUGUAAUUGGCUCCAAACAGAGCUAUAAGCUGCUUUUAAACAACAAGGGGCUGAUAAAGGGAGCAUACAGAUUAAUACAGCCUUGUACUGUGUUGGGUCUUUGCUUUUCCUUCAAUCCCUCUGAGGGUGUGAUCCCACCCGGGGCCUGCCAGACACUGGAGGUCAACUUUUCCUCUGACAAACUUGGACUUUUUUUCGAGGAGUUACAAUUCAGUGUGGAAGGUAACCCUGAGCCAGUCACCGUCACCUUCAGGGGGUGCUUAAUUGGGCCUACGUUCCACUUCAAUGUUCCAGAACUCAACUUUGGGGAAGUGUCCUUUGGCUUUCCACAAACGCUGACAUGUUGCCUUAGCAACACUUCAAUGGUGCCCAUGAGCUUUGGGCUACGGAUCCCUGGAGACGGCACAGGACAGCGCAGUACUACCAGCGUGGAUCAGGUCGCUCAUCUGGACAGAAGUGAAUGGGCACCGGGGGACAAAACGGAAAGGAAGCCAAAAGAAUUUACCUUAUCAUUCACCACAGGAACUGUUCGUUCUCUGGGUGAGAUUGACAUCCAGUUAACCUUAUGCUCCAACACUGUGCAAGACUACAAUCUAGCUUUAGUGCUGGAUGUUCAGGGUGUCGGGGAGGAGGUUUUGGCUCUCCCAAUCAAAGCCAGAUGUACUGUGCCCGAUGUGAUCCUUGAGAACCCGGAUCUUCAGUUCCAGCAUGUUUUCUUGGGUCAUCCCUAUGAGCAAUCAGUUAAACUUAUCAACAAUACUGACCUCCCUGCAUGUUAUGGACUUCUGCCACAGCCGCAUGAGGAGAAUCCCCAUCUUCUUUAUUCCAGUGCCCAUCCGCGAGGGGUCAUUCAGCCCCACAGUACCGAGCAGAUUCCAUUAGUUCUUCAGGCCAAGAGAGUGGGCACCAUGCAGCAAGCAGCUCACAUCGCAAUACUAGGUCAUCAAGAUCCACCACUGGAGCUUCUGCUGUCCUGUGUUGGCCAGGGUCCUUUGGUCUCCAUCAGUGCUGCCAAGUUGAACUUUGGCUGCAUUCCGGUACUGACUGAUGUCCUUAAAACUUUACAGCUGUCAAACAACUCUCCAAUCCCAGCCAGAUUUCUUGCUCAAAUGGUAAAGAACAAGUCUCAUUGGCGUGUGGAGCCCAGUGAAGGAGAAGUUGCUCCGGAGGGGAGUAUAGAAUUAAAGCUGAUAGCUCAUCUUAAUGACACAGUAGCCUUCCAGGAUGAACUGUUGCUGGAAAUCCAGGACAGCCAGACAUAUAAAAUUCCUGUUUCUGCCAAAGGAAAAGGCACAACGAUAGUCACUGACCGGCCAUUUGCCCCUUGCCUCGAUUUGGGAACCCACUUUAGUUCUGGACCAUGUCAGUUUCCAUUUAGAAUCACUAACCGUGGACGACGCACUCACCAAUUAUUAUGGACCACAGAGGGAUUUACACAGGCUCACAGUAAAAGCCCUCGCCUGUCGUCGAACAAGUCCAGGAACGUGAAAGCCAAGAGUCUGCAGUCCUCAUUUCAAGAAGCCCCAGUCUUCAUCCUGUCACCUGCACGUUUAACACUUGCCCCAGGGCAAUCUGUAGACAUGUUGCUCCAGGGCUCCACGGACAUCCCCAAGGUGGUUACCGAGAAGCUGCUUUGCCAUGCUGUUGUGGGGCGGCAGUACGUGAGAGAGGUCAUCAUGACUGUGGAUGUCACAUGCCAGUUUGUCUCCCCAGCUGUAGACAUCUCAUCUCAUCAAAUAAACUUCUAUGUGGAAAAGGCUCCAGAUGUGCCUCUGGUUCCUCUAUAUCAGAGACUGGUUUUAAAGAGUGUGUCCUCCCUGAACCUCUCUAUGAAACUGACCCUGCAUGAGCCCUUCGCCCUGUGUGAAUAUGAGGGGGAUGAGCUGUUUGCAACCUCAAAGAGUCUGGUGUUGGCUGUGGGAGCUGAAAAAGAACUGUGGGUCUGUUUCAACCCCAUGUAUCAACAGGACUGCUUCAGCCGUGUGGUUGAAGAUGAGCUAGAACUCUGUUACCACAGCCACCCACAGCGGGACAGGGUGGCAUUACGGGGUGAGGUGCACUUCCCCAAUCUUCAGUUUUCCAGCACGACCCUUGACUUUGGCUGCAUUCUUAACAACACAAAAUCCCGCCGCAAACUCACUAUGACCAACUGCAGUCCACUUUGCGUUUCUUACCGUUGGGCCUUUCUGGUGGACCGACAACAAUGCCAUAUUGGGUUUUUUGAUGUGGAGAGCCGAGGGAUCGAAGCGUACACCGCGGGGAAAGGAGAAGAGAGCGAGGAGGUGCGGAGGGAGCUGUUAAAGACGAAAGAAGCUGACGCCAAGACGGACCCAAACAGAAAACCUGACGUUAUUAAACCUCACGUGGAAGAGGACGGAUUGCAAUGCGGUGUCUCUACGUCCAAUGGACAGGAGACGAAUAGUACUAACUUGAGACAAAGGUCAGCGACAGACUUGAGAACCAUCCCCAUUAAUCUAACAGCCAAGGGCCAUCCACAUGUGGGUGUGAAGGAGGUCUUCGAUAUCUCAUCACUGUAUGGAGAACUGCAGCCUGGUGACACCAAACUGGUGACCUUCUCAUUUCUUGGCCAUGCUAAUAUCAGCACUCAUGUGUUGGCAUUGUGUGAGGUGGAGGGGGGGCCCACCUAUGAGAUCACACUGAAGGGUCAAGCCUCAUUUGUGUCAUAUACACUAGACAAGAAUGACAUUGACUUCGGCUUGCUGUUGUUUGACCAUGUGGCAGAGGCAGAGAUCACUUUGAAGAACACAGGGGCAGUUUGCUUUGAUUUCUCCACUUUACCUGAUGAACAAGAGCUCUCUGUUGACCAGCCCUUACCUGGUCAACCGCUCAUUAUCCCGAGCAAGGGCCACCUAGAGCCAUAUGCAGAAAUAAGACUCAGUGUUUGCUACCUACCAGGGAUCCCGGAGGUUUUUCACAAGACUUUUCAGUUGCAAGUGGCCUUCUUUGAGACAGAGAGCAUAACUGUAAGAGGAGAGGGCAUUUUCCCUAGAGUGUGUCUGGACCUGCCUACAGAUCUGAAUGAAGAGAUAUACGGCUCCUUAUUAAUGGAGGCAAAAAAAUUGGUGGAGAGUGAGAAAUUGAGAGAUGGGGUACUGAGCAGGUCUGCCACAGAGGAGAUGCCACCCGAAGAUGACUAUAUUCCCACUUACGAUGCCCUGCUCCAGAUGGAGCUAGAGCGGCUCCUUGUGAAGGAACAUGCCAUAGCUGUACAGACCCAGCAGCAGGUCAGUGAUCAAAGAGGAACAGCAGGAUCCACAAACAAAAAGCUCAGCAAAGUAAGUUUGCCUGAGUAUGUACUGGACUUUGGUUACGUCAUUGUUGGCAGUGUUGCGACCCACAUCGUCAAAAUAACCAACACUUGUCCGUUAGCUGUGUCUUUUAGAGCUGACAGGAGUUUGCUGACAGGCACAGGAUUUAGUACAGAAUUGGACCGGGUUCAGAAUUUGCCCUUCUGUGAGACAGAGACGUUUGAAGUCAAGUUUGAUGCCUGUGGUGCUAAUAUGGACUUGGGAAAGAUCAAUGCAGUUUUGCCCAUACAGAUGGUUAAAGGGCCCCAGGUGCAGGUGCGUUUAUGUGCGGAGGUCACCCUGCCCUCCCUCACGGUGUCUUCAGACACAAUAGAGUUCGACACCAUUCAGUGUGGCUUUUGUCAGGUUGCCACAGUCCAGCUGUAUAACCAUGGACCAGUCCCAUGUGAGUGGAGUAUUAGGCAAGAGGAACGUCCAAAAAAGAUUGACAAGCAUAUCCCACUAUACCUUAGACGGCAGGCUCAGCUAAAACAGCGGCCUUCUCCAGUUAUCUUUGAAAUAUUGCCAUCUGACGGCUUGCUCUAUCCUGGUGACAGAAGCAAUGUGCAGGUCAAGUUCAGCCCAGCAGAGGGGAGGGUGUACAGUCAAAGGCUGGUGAUAUCACUGGCUCAGAGCACCCAGAAGAUCUCACUUUUGGCCCAAGGUCAAGGAGAAGAACCUCAGCUGGAGUUUUCUUCUUCAGAGUUAGUGCUGGGGCCCAUUCUUCCUUAUAGUGAAGAGAAAGUGGCAGAUGUGAUUAUCCGCAACCCUUGUUCCUUUCCUAUUGAGUUUUACUCUCUGGAUUUUGACAAGCAGUACCUAGAGGAAGAAGAGAUCUUGCGGAUGAUGAAAGGAUACAAUGCUCAUAAUGUGUUACUUUUGCCACCGCGUGCUCCCGGCGAUACUCUGCCACAGGAACUGUUGAAUUUCUACAAAGAGUACUGCUCACAAGAAGACAAGCAGGAAUCUGGGGAGGGUUUUCCAGAUAAAGACACUGGGGACACAGCUGCACCAUUUGAGCGUGAAACACUCAAUAGUAAAGACCUGAGUAAAGAUGACAGCAAUGCUGGCGCUACAGUGGGAGAUCUGGAAUAUGACCCUGUUUCUAGAGCCAUAGCUCGUCACAUGGGCAUUGAUCUUUCACCAGAGGGAAAGGCUGCCCAAAAGCGCCAGGGCAUUGCCAUCAUUGUGCAUGGCGCUCCUUUAUCAGGUAAAACGAAGAUAGCAGUUACUCUGGCCAAGCACUAUGGGGCAGCGUGUCUCAAUUUAGACGAGGUGGUGCAGGAAUCUGCAUCUUCGGGGAACACCUUAGCAGGCCUGAGGGUGAGAGAACUGUGUGACCAGGUUGCUGUAAAGGAGGCUGAGGUGGAUACGAUGGCCAUAUCCCAUCAGGGUCCUGCUGUUCUCAGUGUCGAGGCAGUAGCCAAACACACAGCAGAGGGCAGCCAAAUAAGUGAACCUAUAGUCCACCCGUCAUCUGCUUCAACCCGCAACAAAACAACCAUCACAGGGAAAACCGGCAGUUCUGUUGCAGUUAAUCUUGUUUGUGUGAUGCAGUCUGGACAGACAUACAGGCGUCUGAGCAUGAGUGCCAGUCAAAAAGCUGGGGAGCUGAGCGAUGGCGUCCUGCAUGAUGAUCUGCUGGUCGAUAUCCUAUCAGACAGACUGCAGCUUAGCGACUGUCAUCGUGGUGUUGUAUUUGACGGGCUGGAGACACAGUAUUGCAACUCACAAAAUAACACACUUCAGAUUAUUCUGAAAGCCCUCAAUAACCACCGCCAUAUUUAUGUUAUCAACCUCUUUAACAGCUACAGUGUCUUCAAGCGCAGGGAAGAGAUUGACCAAGAAAAGAGAAGAAAACAGGAGCUUGAGAACUUAAGAAAAGAAGAGGAGACGCCUACUGAGGACACAAAUACCAAACCAGAACCUCUACCAAUAAUAGAGGACAAUGUAGAACAAGAGCUGUCCAGUGAUAGUGACAGACAGCUGGAAGCCCGAUUUCAGCUGUAUGAGGAUAGCCAGCCCCAACUCCAAAACAUUCUUCAGUUCUGGGACCGAACCCAAGGUCUCCUACUGCAACCAGAGGUCCAAGAGAUUGAGGAGACCACUGAAUGUCCUGCCCCGACUGGCAAGAAGAACAAGAAGGAACGAGAGAAGGAGAAAAUAGAGAAAGAGAAGCUUAAGGGAGACACCGUAGAUAUUAAGUCUUCACUUCCUAAUCAGGCCCAUGUGCCAGCUGAUGGUACAGAGGGCGCUGACAACAUGGUGGUGCCAGUUCCUAUACCUCACAUCUGGCUGUCCAUCAAACCCAACGAACACCUGAGUGGAUUCGAGUUUAUCAGUAGCAUGAAACUACCCGUCCUUGAGGAGAUCUUGGAUGAAUUAGGAAUAGGACCCAGAGGCCCACCCAUUCCUCCACCUGUAAUAUUCUCCAUUGUCCAGUACCCUAAGAAGCGAUCAGCGCCAAGCAUUCAGCAGUCUAGCAGCUGUUUAACCAUAACAAUUCCGCCAGCAGCUGAUCAACUGGGUGAGCAGAAGAAAGAUGCAGAUCUGGAAUCAGAAACUAAAGAUCUAGUCACAUCUGUUCAGGAGGCCAUGGUGGUUGGUGAUACAGAUCAAAGGCUUACUCAGUUUCGCUGGAUUGUACCACCAAAUGGAGCGGUUACUUUCAGGAUCAGAUUUCAACCCUCUUCUCUUGGAGAAUUUGAACAGACUUAUAGCUUCGAGUUGAUGCGGAGCAAGAGAUGUUAUCAGCUGUAUUGCAGAGGAAUUUGUGCUUGCCCAACUAUAAACAGAGACCGUCAGGUGGUGUUUGCACACUGCAAAAAGACCCUGCGGCCUGAGAGUGGGCUACAGAAGACUUAUGUUAUCAAGUCGGAUGUGUACGAGUUUGGACCCUUGCUGUGUGGAAAAACCAGAGAAAGCUAUAAAGAAGGAAAAUUUCCUGAGAACAUGGAGAAGUUUAUAAUCCACAACAAUUCCAUAAUGAAGGCUGAGAUCCAGUUUUACUUCCAACAUGACACCAAUGCCACUACUUUCCUUCUUGACCCAUCACAAAUGACCCUUGAACCCAAUGAGAAAAAAAAACUGACGGUGUGGGCGUAUCCCAAUACUCCUAAUCUAGUAGAGGACAGUGUGGUGUGUAGCAUCAAGGGGAACCCAGAGCUGGCCGUCUUUUGCCUUUCUUGCAUAGGAGUCAGACCAGAACUGGACCUGGUUCCCAAGCUGCUUCAAUUCGACAAAGUUCCACCAUACAGAAAGGAAACCCGGAACCUGACCCUGCGCAAUAAGACUCUUCUGCCGGCUGCCUGGAAGCUGUGGGAGCUGGAGCACCUCGGAGAUGAAUUCAGUGUGUCGCAGAACCAAGGGAUCAUCAUGCCUCUCUCUGAGUUUCCCUUGCACAUGAAUUUCAUGGCCAGAGUCCCAGUGAAACUGAAGAGAAGUAUUUCUUUGAAGGUGUCAGAUGUGGACAACAUUCUUGGCAUUGUUCAAAAUUCAGAGAUUCAGAUCUCUGCAGAGGUCUAUGACAUUGCGGUGGACAUAAUUCUUCCGGAAGGUUCCGAUGGUUUAUUAGAUUUCGGAACGAUCAAAGUAUUAGAAGAGGUGAAGCGGACUAUUAAGUUAGAAAAUAAAGGCAAAUAUGACAUAGCCUUCAAGUUUGCACUGGAGCCCACUGACCCAGGAAUGCCAGAUUUGAACUCUUUAUUCUCCAUCACACCUCAAAACGGUUGCCUACGCCCCAACAACAAGCUCACUAAUAUUCAGAUUGUUUUUCAGCACCAUAAAGAAGUGUCCAUCAGAGAUAACCCAAUCCUUUGCUGUCAGGUUAUUGAACCCAGUCUGGAUGGUGGUGAGACCAUUAACGCAAUACCAAUCAAAGUGUCAGUUCAAUCGGUCUUCUCUAAAUACAGCAUCACUCCUUCCAACCAAAUCAAUUUUGGCCCACUGGUGUUUGGUUCUCGCAAGAGACAGAUUCUUACUGUGCAGAAUAAUGGCAACUUUGAGUUUCAUUUCAACAUCAGAGUGUGCAAAAUUCCUUUAGUUCCAGCACAGAGAAGAGGCCUGGGAAAUAGGCAGGCUUCAAAAGACACUUUACUGAACGAGGUUGGCACGUCCACACUGUUACUAUCAGUGGGUGUUUUCUCAUUGUCUCCAUGCGUUGGCAUUCUGGCACCUGGAGCUCAACAACAAGUGACUGUGGAUUGCAAGGCAGAUCAUGUAGGUAGCUGGGAGGAAAGUCUGGCUAUAGUCAUUUCUGACAGAGACCCCUCUGACAAACCAGACGGGAUUCCAUACAAGCUUGUGGCAGAAGUUUGCAUGCCAGGUUUCCAAGCCCCUGGCAUUAAGUCGAAAGCUUUGGUGUUCGAUGUUAUGGGUGAGGGCAACUUGCCCUGCAUCACUGUUCUGAGGCCUGUUCAGAGGACAAAUCAAGGUCAGCCAUUGGUUCAGUUUAAGCGCUUGUUGGUGGGCCGAGGCCAGACUCUUCCAUUGGUGAUGAAGAACAAUGGAAAUGUUCCUGCACAUGUUAGCAUUAUUUUGCAACAUCACCUGGAUGUUUUUACUCUGAAAGCUGCUACUGGCACUGUAUGCAAACUUGCCUCAUCGCACAUGGAACGGGAACCUGGAAAAGAAACAGAGAUCGCUCAUGUAGCCUCUCUGACCCUCAUGGCUGGGCAACAAGCAGAAUUCCAAAUUGGGUUUCAUCCAAAGGUAGCUCAGAAGUUUGAGACCAGCAUAAAGGUAAUGGUGCAAGAUAACCAGUAUGAUCAGACAAUGGUGCAACUUGUGGGUGAGGGUUACCAUGACAUCAUCAUCCUGGAAAACAUUGGCGGUAAAGUUCAGCAGGAGAGCACUGAAAGUUCAUCUGAUCUUCUGCAUUUUGGGGACUGUCACGUGGGCCGAGCUUAUCAAGAAACCUUUACCAUGACGAACCCGAGCAAAUCCAAAGUGCUACGCUUUGAGUGGGUCCCCAGUGCACCACAGUUAAGCUUUUCCCCACAGGUCGGUCACCUGCAUGCUGGGUGCUCCAAAGCUGUGACUGUGACCUUCUGCUCAGAGCAGCCCACUGUUCUGAACGCGCAAGCUAUUACCUGUAAACUCAACACCAUCACCUUUCAGCAGCCUGUAGACCAGGUGCCAGACUGGGACGAUUGUCACAAGACAGUUAAAUGGGUGGAUGUAGACAACAAGUCCUCAGAGCGGCCCACUAAACAGAAGGUUGUAGUGGCAGAUCCUGAGCCUCUUCCCUCUGUAGUGGAGGACUCCUCAAGAGAGGUGGAGCUAAUAGUCAGUUCUACAUGUGAUUACGUCCAGUACCAAUGUGACACUGGACCCAUCCGCUUCAAAGACACAAUGCUUUACCAGACUAGAGUCUUUAAGCUUCAGAUGGAAAACAAUGGCAGUGUUAAUCUGGAGUACUCCUGGAAGGUUCUGAUGGAGACGUAUGGAAAGACUGCAUGCUUUGAACAUGAAGGUCGAACGUCUCGUUUAGCUCAAGGCACCAGGACACCUUUGAGACCAGCAAGCUCUUUGCAGAGUCUGUCUUCUCUAUUGCUAGGAGACCCAGAGCUCCCUCCCUUCAGUGUUGAACCUGGUGUAGGAUCUAUCAGCCCAGGAGUGAGUCAGACCUUCCAGAUCCGGUUCUCCCCUCUGGAAGUGGCUGAGUUUGAGGCCAGUUUAAUCUGCAGUAUCCCAAAUCUAAAGGGCGAACAGAGUCCAAAAAUCGCCGUAAAUGGUCGUUGUUUGCUGCCAUACUGUCAUUUCCACCUAAAGGAUUCAGACUACCUCACUGCAAACAGACGCAACACAGAGCUGCAGAGUAUUCCUAAUGUGGACCCCAAUACCAGGGUUAUAGACUUCACUUCAGUGGGCAUUGGCACAUCGGUCCGCAGGGAAUUUGGUAUUGUUAAUCCCACAAACAAGCCUUAUUCUUUCAUAUGGAGAUGUGAGGACUCGAAAGGUGAUUCCCCUUUCGAAUGCUUAACACCAAACAUGUGCAUUCAGCCUGGAAAAGAAGUGAAGGUCUCAUUUGAGUACCGGGCUUUCGACUUGGAGCUGGUGGAAUCUUACUGGACCUUCUUAAUCCCCGAACACAAACUGUCAAUGCCCUUCCUCCUGGUGGGGACUUCUAAAGAGCCUGUAGUCUAUAUUGAUCGAGCUCAUCUCAAUCUGGGCAGCCUGCUUGUAGGUUUUGAAGCUCAUCACACUGUGUUUCUGGUGAACGGUGAGGAUCAGCCGUUCAAUUUCACUGUCCAGAAGAACUCCUGCCUCACUGAGGGCUUUCAAAACCAAUUGUUGUUGGAGCCCAUGGAGGGAACAGUUCCACCCAAAAAUAAGAUCCCAUUGAUUAUACGGUUCACUCCCACUCGUGAGGGAGAUGUAGCUUUUAAUUUGGUGUUGACGGUGCAGAAGAAGCUCCAGCCUCUGACAAUGAAUAUUAAAGGGGAGUGUUACAGACUAAAUGCUCACGUACAGUAUGAGAGCCCAGAGGGAUCCAUCAAAGAGCUCUCAGCGGACCAUAUUCACCCAGUGGACUUCAAACAGGUGGAGCUAAACGAUGAAUCCACAUGUACCUUUGUGGUGUCUAAUCCUGGGAAGUUCACACUGAAUGUUGAGUAUGAUUUGUCUGGGCCAGCAAUGCUUCAGCCCCACCUGCAGGUGAAACCUAAACUAGACACAGUGCCUGCUGGAGGACAGAGCUACUGCACCGUGACCUUCUGCCCUCAGCGGAAAUGUACUCUUAGGGAUUCAACAUUUUCCAUUAAGAUAGAGAAUGGCCCGACAUUCCGUUGUGCCUUAACGGGGUCUGCUUUGGUCCCAGAGUUAGAAUUUUCUUUUCUCAAGCACAACUUUGGAAUGCAUUUCAUAUAUUGCACUGGCAUGACACCUGCUACACACACACUGGUCAUUGGCAAUAGAAGUAACAGAGGAAUCAGUCUGGACUGCUUGUUUUCCAACACAUCCUUCCUGGAGGUAAGCUUCACCCCUCAAGUCCUUCCUCCCGGCGGUUCUGUGGAGGUGCUCUUCUCAUUCUACCCACGCAAAGCAGUUCGUUACCAAGAGAAAGUGGUUUUUGAGAUGAAUAAGUGUGCCAAACAAACAGUGGAGAUCCUUGGACAGGGGGUUGAGAUGCAGAUUAACUUAGAAGACCCGGGGCAUAAGGUAGUACAUUUUGGAGCCUUGCAGAUUGGCCAACAAAGUCGCAAAUUGGUCCCUCUGGUGAACAACAGCCACUGUCCUUUGACUUUUAGUCUCGUUCGCACAAACUCUAAUUACGUCCUCCAGGACCCCAGGGUCCUGUCAGUGAGUCCAGAAGGGCAGGUGACAUUGAAGGGUGCAGGUGGACGCUGCGUGCUGGAGCUUCUCUUCUCUCCUCAGCGGCGUAUUUCUCCUUUUACAGAGGAACUGCAGUUACAGUGUCUGGGUGCUGUGCGCCCCCUGCUGGUAAUGAAAGGUUGCUGUCAGGGAGUGGAGGUCAGUCUGGAUACAGACUACCUGCAGUUUGGAGCCGUGGUCCAGCGCUGCAAAGCCUCGCGUCGCAUUAUUAUGCAGAACACUGGGGACAUUGGGGCAAGAUUCAAAUGGGAUGUAAAGAGUUUUGCUCCAGACUUCAUUAUUUCCCCUGCUGAGGGCUAUAUUACACCUGGAAUGGAAGUGCCCCUUGAAGUGACCUUUGCCCCCGUCGAGUUAAGUCAAGAUUUGCGCUAUGAAGACCUUCGCUGUACUAUAGAGAGGAGCAAACCUGUAAAACUCACCCUGACUGGCUCCUGCAUUGUCCCACCAGUUGCAGCAGAGGUGUUGAAUUUUGUGUGUCAGGUGCGCAGUCAGUGCACUCAGUCCGUGGGUCUGUUCAAUCGGAUUAACCAGAGCGGGAUGCUGAAGUGUGUCAUAGAGGGAGAGCACUGGAGCGGGUUGCCCACUCUCCUCAUUGAUCCUCCUCAGCAGAACAACUAUGAGAUCACAUACAAGCCCUUAGUCAUGACUGCAGAAGGGGAGAGGCAUGAGGGCUCUGUGUUCUUCAGUUUUCCUGAUGGCACCGGAGUACUGUACAUAUUGCACGGCACAGCUGAGCCACCUAAAGCUGAAAGCACCAUCGUAGAAGAGAUACAAUGCAAAACCCACCACACACAGAUAUUGUCUGUGAAUAACUGGCUGCCCAGACUUCAACGGUUUCGUGCUGUUAUAGAGCUGAUCAAACCAGAUCGUUCAGAUGGCACUGUUUCCCUCAAAGGCCAGGAAUACAUUGACGUUCCACCACUGGAUAAGAAGAGCUACAAACUUUCCUUCUUCUCCUAUAAAGAGGGCCAGUACAUUGCCAAAGUGACGUUCAAGAAUGAGACAACGGGCGAGUAUUUAUUCUACAAUCUAAACUACAAAGCGACAGCCCCAGGAAUCAUCAGCACUAUAGAAAUGGCGACCCGGGUGAGGCAGACGGCCUCAGGGUUUGUGGAAUUGGAGAACCCUCUCCUAAUGGACUUGAAUUUUACUGUAGAGUGCCAGAAUCCAGAUAUUAAUGUGCUUGCAUCGGUCACCGUUUCUGGCCAGUCUAAGGGCACACUGACUUUUGGAUACCAGCCUCUAUGUAAGGGAGAGACCAAAGCCCGUCUGGUGUUGUACACUGCUGAACUCGGACACUUCUUUUACCAACUUCAACUGAAGGCAUUGCCUGCACCCCCCGAAAAGCCCCUCUAUUUCAGAGCCCCCCUCGGCAGCAGACACAGCAUCACAGCUAAAUUCACCAACUACUCUCGGGUCAAGACCGAAUACAUUUGCAAGGUGGACAGCCCGAACUUUAUUGUGGAAAAGGCCAUUAAAACGGCAGCAGGGAACCAAGCUGGCACAGAAGUCAGAGUGGUGGUCCAUUUUGAACCCUGCCAGCUGGGAGAGAUUCAUAGCCUUCUUACCAUUUCCUCUGAGCUUGGAGGGGAGUAUGUCUUCCCUCUUUAUGGCACAUGCACCCCACCCAAAGCUCAGGGCCCCCUCGCCAUCAGCUCAGGUUCCAGUGUCUCAAUUUCCUUUAAGAAUGUCUUUCAACAGAACACAACCUUUUCCUUUUUGGUGGAUAAUCCUGUCUUUACUGUUAAGGGUACAGAGACUAUUUUGCCCCAGAAGACCCAGAACAUCCAAGUUAGUUUUGAGGGCCCUCCAUCAGGCACCAAGGGCCCAUGUCAUGGAAAGCUAACAAUUUCAUGCCCACGGAUGGAGGCCCAUGGACAGGGUAUCUUUUGGGUUUACUAUUUAAAAGGUUAUUGUCCAGAUCUACCUUCAGAGAAAAAAACAAUAUAGCUGUAGGGGAUUAGUAGAGAUCCAUGCGGUUCUCUGGAUAAAGGCUUUUAUUGCAAUGAUAUUUGAAAAAAAUAUAUAUAUAUUGUUUCUCUGUCAGUACAUUUGUUUUAAGUUAC